AUGAUCAACAAGAAAACUGUCUAUCAAUCCCAGUCUCAAUUUUGGUUUGAUCAAAGGGCAGGAAGAAUUACAGCUUCCUCAUUUUACACUGUGUGCCACCUUAGAGAGAGCACUGACAGAAGAAACACUAUUAAACAUCUCAUGAAUUACUGUCUAAUUGCUAAAGGUGCCAUGCCACGACAGUUGACAUGAAGGCAUGAAAAAGAAAAAUGAGCACUUGGUCUUUACAUAAAAAAAAACAGACCAAAAAUCAUGAGAAGUUGUCAAUAGAAAAAAGUGGAGUCAUUGUAAUCACAUUAUGGCCCUUCUUGGGAGCCAGUCCUGAUGGUAUAAGGAUUUGCACUUGCUGCCAAAAGAAGUUAAUUGAAGUUAAAAGCAUGUAUGCAAAAAGAAAU